AAAAACCAUUGAUUCCGAUGGACACUUGGGUGAACUGCAUGCCUCCUCUUUCUCCACCUUUUACUCAACAAUCACCUCUACCUUAUUGGUUCUCCUUUUUCUUCAUAUCAUUUUCCAACCACUUACCGCCUUUUGUAUAUUUCCUUGCCAAUUGCCUCUCAUUCCUAUUUUGGUCUCUCUCAAUCAUCUGUUUCUGCUAAAUAGCUCUUUAACAUUUGACUGGUCCUUCUUUCCAUGGCUCUUUUGGCUUCUUUUUCUUUUGGUUGUUGAGCUCGUCGUCUAACUUAAUUUCAAGCAAAUUCUUAAUUUGUUAGGGUUUUUAUUUUUAUUUUUAUUAUUAUUAUUAUUAUUAUUCUCUUGAUGGAAGGAAUGGAUCCCGCAGAGCUCCGCCGGGUGUUUCAAAUGUUUGAUAGGAACGGAGAUGGUAAGAUCACCAAGAAAGAGCUUAGCGACUCGCUAGAGAACUUAGGAAUCUUUAUCCCUGACAAAGAACUAAGCCAAAUGAUCGAGAAGAUCGAUGUGAAUGGAGAUGGUUACGUGGAUAUUGACGAAUUUGGCGCCUUGUACGAGAGCAUCAUGAACGAGAGGGACGAGGAGGAGGACAUGAAGGAAGCAUUUAACGUGUUCGAUCAAAACGGAGAUGGAUUCAUCACGGUUGAGGAGUUGAGGUCAGUUUUGGCAUCGUUGGGGCUGAAGCAAGGGAGAACAAUAGAGGAGUGCAAGAGGAUGAUAAAGAAGGUGGACGUGGACGGAGAUGGAAUGGUUAAUUUCAAGGAGUUCAAGCAGAUGAUGAAAGGUGGUGGCUUUGCUGCCCUCAGUUCAAGUUAGUAUAUAAUCUAUAUAUCUACAGACAAUACAUACAUGAAACAAAGUUAAUCUUCUAGGGCAAGGGAAAAAUGAUAACCAAAAAUUAAGGAACGACACACAGAACCUUGAGUUCAAGGUUAAUAGAGAAACAACAACAUUAUUGUUGUAAGAAUUUGCAAUGUCUUCUCUCAAUUGUUGUAAUUAGUUCGAUAUUCUAAUAUGGUGUUGUCUACAUGGAUAUAUGCCUUUUUAUUAUUAUUAAU